GGUAAAAUUUAUAAGCAAUCCGUCAUUGGAUUACGGAAAUUCGCACAAUGUAUCAUGAAAGCAUCGUUUUGUUUUUGAUUGCGCUGUGUACGUGUGCGCAAUGUGGAACUAUAGAGAUCAACAUCACGAUUUCAGAAAAGACCGAUGGUCAAAAGCAAACGCUGGUUUUCGUUAGACCAAUAAUUAAUGGUCAAACGUCUCAGAACGACGGAGAUGCGAACACAGCUCUCCAGCCUUCGAAUGUCACCACCGUUAUCACUCAGAUCAACACGUCAGCUAAUACUACUGAUGCCAGCAACAGCACUGACAGUGCAGCGGGACCACUAACGCCGGUUGAUGGUGCAGCUAAACCAGCUAAUGAGGCAGCCGGCUCUGCAGACGGUGGUGCUCAACCAGCUAACGAAGCGAUCACCCCAGCUGACGGCGGAACAACAGCUGCGACUCCAGAGACUCCGACGCCGGCAGCCAACACGCCAUCAACAGCCGCCGAAACUACCAUUGCAGCAACUCCAGCACCCGCCCCUGCUUGAUACAUACGCAUUGGACCGUGUAGCUAAAAUAAAGAAGAUAGAUCAAGACUGUUGUUAGUUAUUUCUAGAUUUUGUUUUUGUAAUUAAAACAUAUUGUCGUAAAAUUCACGUUCUUUUCAUA